AUGGAGAAAAUAGAGCAUUCAACUAUCACCACCAACGGAAUAAACAUGCACGUAGCCUCAAUCGGGAUCGGCCCCGUGAUCCUGUUCCUCCACGGUUUCCCAGAGCUCUGGUACUCCUGGCGCCACCAGAUGCUCUCUCUUUCAUCUCUUGGUUAUCGCUGCAUUGCCCCCGAUCUUCGUGGCUAUGGAGACACCGACGCGCCGCCGUCUCCGGCGUCGUACACCGCUCUCCACAUUGUUGGUGACCUCGUCGGCCUUUUGGACAAUCUCGGUAUCGACCAGGUCUUCUUAGUGGGGCAUGAUUGGGGAGCUGCCAUGGCUUGGUACCUCUGCUUGUUCAGGCCUGACAGAGUCAAAGCUUUGGUCAACCUCGGUGUGGUUUACAUUCACAGGAACCCUGAGGUUAAAUUCUUUGAUGAAAGGUUUAGAGCUCUAAUUGGGGACGAUUUCUACAUCUGCAGGUUUCAGAUAUAA